CUUCAGCAUCCCACUGCUAUAAAUUAAGAGCUACCCCGACAGAUAAUACAGCGCCACAUAUCCCCGCGAGCUCUGGCGGCUAACCAGUAGUGCGCGUUAAUUAGCGAGCGAGCUAGACAUGGAGGAGAAGCCGGGGCAGUAUGGCAGCCUGGGCGGCUUGGUCGCCGGCGUGAGGGAGGCGUACGAGAGCGGGAGGACCAAGGAGGUGGAGUGGAGGCAGGCGCAGCUCCGGGGGCUCAUCAGGAUGGUCACGGAGGAGGAGGACGCCAUCUUCGACGCGCUCCACGAGGACCUCGGCAAGCACCGCGUCGAGUCCUUCCGGGACGAGGUUGGGGUUCUUGUCAAGUCCUUGAGGAACACGCUGCAGAACCUCAAGAAUUGGGCUGCACCCGAGAAGGCUCAAGUUCCGCUUAUUUCAUUUCCAUGCAAGGCGCUGGUCGUGCCGGAACCAGUCGGGGUUGUGCUCAUCUUCUCAUGCUGGAAUCUCCCAAUAGGCUUAGCUCUGGAGCCGCUCUCCGGGGCCCUGGCGGCCGGCAACGCCGUUGUUCUGAAGCCCUCGGAGCUCGCUCCGUCCACCGCGGCGUUCCUCGCCGCCAACAUACCGAGGUAUCUGGACGCCAAAGCCGUGAAGAUCGUACAGGGCGGGCCGGAGGUUGGAGAGGAGCUCAUGGAGCACAGAUGGGACAAGAUCCUUUUCACCGGGAAUGCUCGUGUAGGACGCAUCAUCAUGACGAAAGCGGCGAAACACCUGACACCGGUCGCGCUUGAACUCGGCUCGAAGUGCCCGUGCAUCGUCGACUUUCUGUACAGUAAGAGGGACUGCCAGGUUGCUGUGAAUCGGAUAAUUGGAGCGAAAUGGUCCACCUGUGCAGGCCAAGCUUGCAUUGCCAUAGAUUACAUACUUGUGGAGGAACGGUUUGCACCGAUUCUGAUUGAGCUGCUUAAAUCAACACUCAAGAGGUUCUUGACCGAACCGGGGUUCAUGGCUCGCAUCCUGAAUGAGAAGCAUUUCCAUAGGUUGAGAGGCCUUCUGGAGGGCCAUGAGGUGAAAUCUUCCAUUGUUCAUGGCGGCCACGCUGACCUCAAGACACUGAGGAUCGAGCCGACCAUUCUGCUGAAUCCGCCGCUGGACUCCGACAUCAUGACGGAGGAGAUAUUCGGCCCUCUGCUCCCGAUCAUAACGGUAAAGAAGACGGAGGACUGCAUUGCGUUUCUGAAACCGAAGCCCAAACCGCUCGCCAUCUACGCCUUCACCAAUGACGAGAAGCUGAAGCAGCGGAUCGUUGCAGAGACGUCCUCCGGCAGCGUCACGUUCAACGACGCGAUCGUCCAGUACGGGCUGGACAGCGUGCCGUUCGGCGGGAUCGGGCAGAGCGGGUUCGGGCAGUACCACGGCAAGUACACGUUCGAGCUGUUCAGCCACAGGAAGACGGUGUUGAGGAGGAGCCUCCUGCUCGAGUUCAUGUUCAGGUACCCGCCGUGGGACGAGCACAAGAUGCGGAUGCUGCGCCGCGUCUUCAGGUUCGACUACGUCUCGCUCGUCAUCGCGCUGCUCGCCUUCUGGCUGCUCGGCCUGAGGCGAUGAAGGAAGGAGGAUCUGAUCGAUCGGUCGUUCGUUCGCUCGCGAGGUGUCGUUUGGCUGCUCAGCACAAGGCGAUGGAGGAUCAAUCAAUCGUUCGCACCGUUGGUUUUUAUAGCUUAAUAAAUGUGUAAUCGUGCCAAAAUGCCAUGGGCACGCCGCAACCACUUGCUGUCUGUCAUACUACCGUUCUUACUGUUUUCCUUUUUCUUUUCUCCGAUGAAACGUGCUUACUGCUCUCUCUGUUCCGAAAUACGUCCAUAUACAUAACAUCAUAGAUACUCUCGGUUGAUGUUAUUAACUUUUUAUUUACUUU